AUGCAGCUCGCGGGGUUUGUGGAGCGCGUUCGGGCGGCUAUCAGCGGCCAGGAUGGAUUGUCACUGGCAAAGAUGCUUCGCUUGAUAGGAGGAUGCGCAGAUAUAAAUAUGCGCUCGCUGACAGAGCAGCAGAUCGAGCAGACAUGCCACGAUAAGCUGGCACAGUUAGGUGUGUAUGCCGAGGUCGCAGCAGGCAUCAUAAAGGCCCGCAAGAACCUGGACGCAAAGAAUUUUACUGAUGCAUACUGUGCACAGAUUGGUGCUGUCAUCAAGUUUAUGGAGAUUUUUAGGGACGAGACAAAUUGGGUCAUGCCUUUCCUGAACGUUUUGUUCGUAGAUACGAGGCUAUUGGCUUCAAGGGCGGAUCAGGAAGCCUCAAAGAAAGCAGGUGACGAGAUUCACGAUAGUCUACGCAGUGCAGAACAGCAUUUGAAGAAAGGCUUUGCGAUGGCGGCAAAUGAUCGAGCUCCGCCAGAGCAUAACAAAAAAAUGGGCGCGCUUUUUAUUGUGAAUCAGCUGUUCAAGAUCUAUUUCAAGCUCAAUAUGAUCCACCUGUGCCGCAAUCUCAUUCGUGCAGUUGAAGGACCGGCUUUUCCAAAAUUUGAACGCUUUAACAGGAGUGACAAGGUUACGUACCAAUAUUACGUGGGUCGUAUCUCGAUGUUCGAGGACCAAUACCAGAAGGCUGAAAUGUGUCUUGACUACGCGUGGAAGCACUGCCACCGCGGCAAUGUGUGCAAUAAGCGCAUGAUUCUGCAGUUCCUUGUGCCAGUGAAACUGUUGUUGGGCGUGAUGCCCUCGCCCAAGCUUUUGACUGAUUACUCACUGGAAGAGUACACCGGUCUUACGAAUGCCAUCCGUGGUGGCAAUCUUCAUCUUUUUACGGAGUAUCUUGCCCAAUAUCAAGACAAGUUCAUCCAGCAGGGUGUGUAUUUAUUGAUUGAGAAGCUUCGCUUAUUGGUUUUGCGAAAUCUUUUCAAAAAAGUUUACCUGAUCCAGCAGAAUCACCAGCUCCAGUUGCAAGACUUUCAGUUGGCGUUGCAUUUUUCCACGGGAAAGUCCAUGGAUUUGGAUGAGAUUGAAUGCGUCCUUACGAACCUCAUUUUCAAAGGCUACAUUAAAGGAUACAUGUCGCACACGAAGAAAAUUCUCGUUGUAAGCAAGACGCAACCCUUUCCACCAAUUUUAAAUAGGUAG